AUGGCGGACCCGAUCGAACAAGCGCCCGUCGCGCAAAUCUCAGCUCCUAAAUCUCAGGAGCCUCAACCCACCGAAGCCCCUCAAACACUCCCUAUCCGCGACUCCAAACCCAAACCCACCGAAAAAGAUGCGCCCGCAUCUGCCGACGCAGAAAAGCCACUCACACCGGCAGAAUUGAAAAAGAAGGCCAAGGCCGAGAAGGCCGCUCGACGCGCCCGCGAGAGGAGCGAAAAGGAAGGAGGUGCCCCCGGCGGUGCAGCUCCUGGCCCUGGAGCAGGCCAGGCUCGCCCUGCAACUACGCCGAAGAAGGACACUGCUGCUGCUGGUGCUGCACAGAAGGGACAGAAGACGCCAACUGCGCGCCGGGGCUCCGUGGCUCUCGCGCAGACUGGAUCCGCGCUAGUGGAGCAGAAGAAAAAGAGGGACGAUAAGAAGGUCGCUGUGUUCGGUCAUUUGUACGGCCAGCAACGCCGUACCACCAUCGCCGGUGGCGGCAAAGAAGUACACCCUGCCGUUCUGGCCUUGGGGUUGCAGCUGAGGGACUACGUGGUUUGUGGCAGCAGUGCGCGCUGCGUGUCGACCAUGAUUGCGUUCAAACGAGUCAUUGAAACCUACACAACCCCCCUAGGCACAUCUCUCGCCCGCCACCUGACAACCCACCUCUCGCACCAAAUUAGCUACCUAUCGACCUGCCGCCCCCUCUCCAUCAGUCAGGGCAACGCUAUCCGAGCCCUCAAAUUGGUCAUUGCCUCCGUCGACCCCUCAACCCCCGAGUCCUCAGCGAAGGCCACCCUCUGUGAAUUCAUCGACAGCUUCAUCCGCGAAAAGAUUACCGUCGCCGAUCAAGUCAUCGCCGAAAGCGCCGCCCAGAAAAUCCAAGAUGGCGACGUAAUCGUCACCUUUGCUGGCUCCAGCAUCGUCAAGGAAACCCUCAUUCUCGCACACGACCAAGGCAAGCGCUUCCGGGUCUCAGUGAUCGACUCCCGACCCCUCUUCGAGGGCAAAAGCCUCGCCAGAGCCCUCGUCAACGCAGGCCUCGAAGUCCAAUACUCCCUCGUCCACGCAACAACCCACGCCAUCAAAGAUGCAACAAAGGUCUUCCUGGGCGCCCACGCAAUGACCUCCAACGGCGGCUUAUACUCGCGCGUCGGAACUGCCCUUGUCGCCAUGUCCGCGAAGGAACGCGCUAGCGGCGUCGAAAUCCCCGUCAUUGUUUGCUGCGAGACUGUCAAAUUCACCGACCGCGUGGCCCUCGACAGUAUCGUCGUUAACGAAAUCGCCGACGCGGACGAGCUCGUCGUCAACCCUAGCCCGGAUCAGAUCACCGGUCUUCCUGAUACAGAGGAUCUGCCUGUGCCGGACCCCAAGAAGGGGAAGAGUACUGCUGAGCCGCCUGCUUAUUCCAACGGCACGACUAAAUCCCCGCUUACGAACUGGAAGACUACCCCCAACUUGCAGCUGCUCAAUAUCAUGUAUGAUGUUACACCAGCAGAGUAUGUUGAUAUGGUUAUUACCGAGAUGGGUAGUCUGCCGUCUAGUGCUGUGCCCAUUGUGCACCGCAUGGUUACGAAUCUGUGA